AUGAGUGUUGGUGAAGGUAGCGAAAAUAUUGUUAUACCAUGGCCAAACAAAAAAGACGAUUAUGUACUGGAAGAAUCAAUUGGAGUUGGUGCAACUGCUACGGCAUUAUGUGUACCUCGUAAUGAAUAUUGUGCGAUCAAAUGUAUCAAUCUGGAAAAAUGUCAAACUUCCGUUGAUGAAUUAUCACAUGAAAUACAGGCAAUAUCACUUUGUUCGCAUCCAAAUGUAGUCAAUUACUAUACCUCGUUUGUCGUUGGUGAAGAAUUAUGGGUGGUAAUGCGCCUUCUCAGCUGUGGUAGCAUGUUUGAUAUACUAAAGCGAAGAAUCAAGGCUAUGGGAAAGGAUUCCGCUGCAUCUGGAGUCCUGGAUGAAAUAACAAUUGCAACAGUGCUGAAGGAAGUCCUCCGUGGCUUGGAAUAUUUCCAUAAUAAUGGUCAAAUACAUCGUGAUAUCAAGGCUGGAAAUAUUUUAAUAGCAGCUGAUGGCACCGUGCAAAUUGCCGAUUUUGGUGUUUCAGGAUGGCUUGCAGCAAGUGGUGGUGAUUUAUCCAGACAAAAAGUGAGACAUACUUUUGUGGGAACCCCUUGUUGGAUGGCGCCAGAAGUCAUGGAGCAAGUUUCUGGUUAUGAUUUCAAAGCUGAUAUUUGGAGUUUCGGUAUUCUAGCUAUUGAACUGGCGACGGGUGCAGCUCCAUAUCACAAAUACCCGCCUAUGAAAGUACUGAUGUUAACAUUGCAAAAUGAUCCACCAUCACUGGACACAAAUGCGGAGCGUAAAGAUCAAUAUAAAGCUUACGGCAAAAGCUUUCGUCAUCUUAUCAAGGAUUGUUUACAACUGGCUGAGUUGUUUCAGAAAGAUCCUUCAAAGCGUCCAACUGCCACAGAACUAUUGAAAUAUUCGUUUUUCAAGAAAGCGAAGGAUAAAAAGUAUCUUGUACACGCAUUGAUCGAAAAUCUCGCCUCUCUCCCGCUUCCAUCGUCACAUCAUCAGCAUGAUCUUCCAAAAAAGGUCCACUCAGGCAAACUGCGAAAGUCUAAAAAUGGAAAUUGGGAAUUUGAGAUUGAAGAAACCGGUGAAAAUUAUGACAGUUCAUCAGGUAGUGAUCGAGAUCAGCAAGUGGGAAGUAAAGAUAUCAAGGUUUCUCCAUCUAAGAGUUUGCAAGAUGCCUCACCUCAUAUCUCGUCAGUGAAUAGUCCUCCGGAAACUAUGAAUUUGGUUUUACGUGUGCGAAAUGGCGCUAGAGAACUGAACGAUAUAAAAUUUGAUUAUACUGCUUCCGUGGACACCGUCGAAGGUAUUGCACACGAACUUGUUACUGCUGAAUUGAUUGAUGGUCAUGAUAUUGUCGUAGUUGCUGCUAAUCUACAGAAAUUGAUCGACCUUGUUCAGCAGAAAAGUCCACGGAAGUCGGUUACUUUCGCUCUUAAUUCAGGGGUUUUGCCGAAUGAAAUUCCUGAUGAGCGCCUUCUCAUUGGGUUUGCGUCGAUAUCGGUUUUGGACUGUUGA